AUGGGGCUCUUAACUGCCGCCGAUAAAGAGAAAAUCAAGCGGGUUAUCCCAAAGGCAAACAACAAAAUCAUCGAUGCCACCGUGGCACGACUCUACAUUGCCCAUCCUUCCCCCACCGAAUGGACCUACACCGGCUUGGUGGGUGCCAUUGUACUUGUGGAUGACUUGGUGGGACACACUUACUUUCUCAAAAUGGUGGAUAUCCUCGGACACCGCGGAGUGGUUUGGGACCAAGAAUUGUGGGUGAAUUUUGCCUAUCAUCAGGAUCGAAAGUUCUUCCAUACGUUCGAAAUCGAAGACUGUCUAGUGGGAUUGCUCUUUGAAGAUACCAGCGAAGCCAGUCAUUUUUACAAGCGUGUGACGUCACGCAACAAGCAUGGGCUGAAGCACACCGUCAACAACAAAAGUGCAAUUGCGUUGCGUGAUCGGGUUCAUUCAGAUGGCCGUCGUCAACAGCCUGGACCUAGAGGUGAAUUUAUGGAUGUUAAUACUGCUCAAAGGUCUCGGCGUGCUAAAGGCAUACUCUACUACGAUGAUGCUCCUCCUCCAGAGUGGAGGUCGUUGUACCACGAGCUCGAAGCGGCAGGGAUUACCGAAGACAUGAUCUACGAUAACCGUGAGUUUAUUAAAAAUUACAUUGCAGAGCUGGGAGGGCCCUUGGUGGGCCUCGAGCCACCAGUCCCGCGCAGAUUCCAGCGCAAACACGAAGCUGGAACAACAGCGGCUGCGCCGGCUGCUCCUGUCGAAGCUCCUAGGAAGCACAAAAAGGCUCCUCCACCUCCUCCUCCGCCAGCUGCAAACACAUCUUCAGACUCUGCGUCUGCUUUUGGCUCAAAAAUACCUUCCCCCGCUUCGUCACCUUCUCCUUCUCCUUCUCCUUCCCCCGCAGUUUCAACUCCAACAGAAACUCCUGAACCUCAACCUACACCUCAGUCUCGCUUCCGGUUACCACCAAAAGAUGCAAUAGUUCCUCCUGUCAGAAACUCGCUGUUGCCCCCACCUCCAUCAGUGACUCCCCAAGGAACAGGUCCACCUUCAUUCCAGUCAAAUAAUCGCCCACUUCCAGGCUUGCCAAGCCAAAAUGCUGCCCCCACUUACCAAAACGGCGUAAACACACAUAUGCUCCGCCAUCUCCUUGUCAACCGCGGCGAACGUUCCUCCACCGCCGCCGUUGCGUUCCCAGGCCACUCCUCCUGCUCCUCCUCCUUCUCGCGGAAACGUGCCUCCGCCUCCUCCAAGAGCUCCAGGUUAUCGGGCCCCACAACUGACUGGAGGUCCUCCUCCACCUCCUCCUCCAAGAACAAACAGAUCCGGUCCCCCACCUCCGCCCCCACGAGCACGAGGAGCAACACCACAGCAUACGGGUACUGGCCCCAGUUCACCACAAACCUACCAGCUAAAUCAACACCAAACCUAUCAACCCACUUCUGUUCCCCCACCACCAGCGAACAACUAUCCUCCACCUCCAGCUCAUCUGCCAGCCUCACAACCUCCCCCUCCACCACGAGCACCACAAGCUCCUCAAGCUCCUCCAGUUCAAUCUGCCAUUCCACCUCCACCUCCAGUUCAGUCUGGCGUUCCUCCUCCACCUCCAUUACCUCCUGCAGAACAGCUGUCUGGUGGCCCUCCUCCUCCACCUCCUCCACCAGAUUUGUCUUCUUCUGA